AUGCGGGGUAGCACGGCAGCCGCGGUGCCCUUGCGGCGGCUGCAGACCUCGGCCAAAUGCGCUCGCAGUGGCACCGCAAACCAGGCUCGCGGCUCGACUCAGACUCUGCGCGGCGCGCGCUUCGCUUCGUCUGCGUCGCUAUCGAGACAAAUCCCGAUCAAGAAUGCCCGGAAAUACUCACAGGUGCAUUUGGCCCGGCCUCGUGGCGCCUUUGUGCAGCUCCGAUCCCUCGCGACAGAGGCUGGCGCCAAAGCCGACGGUGGCGGACCGUUGGCCGAGUACGAUCGGCGGGUCGAGGCGGGCGAACUGCGGAACGACGAACAUCAAAGAGGAAUCAUCGAAAGCCUACAGCAUCUCUACAAUGAACUACGCGACUACAACGCACCCCCGGUCGUACACCCAAACCUGGACUCGCUAAAACCCAAAAAGUCUGUGCUCUCGUCGCUAUUCGGAGGCGGACCGAAAAAGGGAGAGGCUGCCAUCGGGCAAAUACCACACAACCUUCCCCGCGGACUGUACCUCUUUGGCGACGUCGGCAGCGGCAAGACGAUGCUGAUGAACCUUUUUCACGACACUCUGCCCGCUUCUGUUAAAAGCAAAACGAGGAUACACUUUCACAAUUUCAUGCAAGAUGUACAUAAACGACUACACAAGAUGAAGAUGGAGCAUGGUAUUGACAUUGAUGCCGUCCCUUUUGUCGCCGCAGACAUUGCCGAGCAGGGCAACGUUUUGUGCUUUGACGAGUUUCAAUGUACCGAUGUCGCCGACGCCAUGAUUCUAAGAAGGCUGCUGGAGGCCCUCAUGUCACAUGGCGUUGUCAUGGUUACAACGUCAAACAGACACCCAGACGAGCUGUACAAGAACGGGAUUCAGAGAGAAUCCUUUAUUCCGGCCAUCAAACUACUCAAGACACGACUGCACGUCAUCAAUCUAGACUCACCAACCGAUUAUCGCAAGAUCCCCCGGCCGGCAUCGGGAGUGUACCACACACCGUUGGACAAGCACGCCAACUCGCACGCGGACAAGUGGUUCCGCUUCCUCGGCGACACGGAGCACUUUGCGCCUCACCCGGAGACGCAAAAGGUCUGGGGCCGCGAGAUUUACGUGCCGCGCGUCAGCGGCCGCUGCGCCUGGUUCACCUUUGACGAGCUGAUCCGGCAGCCAAAGUCGGCGGCCGACUACCUGGAGCUGGUGCGGUGCUACGACGCCUUCAUCGUCACCGACGUCCCGGGCAUGACGAUUCGCGAGCGCGACCUCGCGCGCCGCUUCAUCACGUUCAUCGACGCCGUCUACGAGGGCAACGCCAAGCUGGUCCUGACCACGGAGAAGCCCCUGGGCGAGCUGUUUGUGUCGAGAGACGAGAUUGCCGAGAACCUGCUCGCGUCGUCGAGCGGCUCCGGCUCGGGUCCGGGCUCGGCGCCUCCGAGGAAGACGGCCGCCUCGGCGGCCAAGCAGUCCAACGAUGUCGACUCGGUGGUGGACGAGAUGAUGGCCGACGUCGACACCAGCGUCGAGAAGCUCAAGUCGUCCAACCUGUUCUCGGGCGAGGAGGAGGCGUUUGCCUUUGCGCGGGCGCUGAGCAGGCUCAGCCACAUGGAGAGCAAGGAAUGGGUCGAGCGCGGCAUGGGCCUGGAGAGCAAAGGCGGCAAGGAGGACAAGGACAACUGGACACGCACGCGAAGCCGACAAAUGGAGGACUCCAUGUAA